AUGCAAUUUUUGGUAUGUGGAGGCAGUGCUGUGAUGCUUCUUGCUAUGUUCAUGACUUCUCUUUGCAAGUACUACCAAUUAUUUCUCGCUCAAGGCUUUUUACUCGGUAUCGGCAUUGCAUCUAUUCUUCUUCCCGCCUUCACCAUAGCGGCUCAAUACUUCACCAACUAUCGAGGCCUGGCACCUGAAAUUGUAGCAUCAGGAUCUUCGUUGGGUGAAGUUGGCUUUGAAUCGGCAGUUCGAAUCGUUGCUUUCAUUGAACUUCCUCUAUUGACCAUCGGAUGUCUUUUAGUCAGAGCACCUGUUACAAAGGCGAAUCAUACCAAGGCAAACCCAGAUUUCUCUUCCGUCAAGAAUUAUGUCCUCAUGUUACUCGCAGUUGGACUUUUUUUUGUUUACUUUGGCCUCUUCACGCCUUUCUUCUACAUUGAGCCUUGGGCGUUGUCUCUUGGAUUUGAAAGUAACUUUGCGUUCUAUACAAUUAGCAUUGUCAAUGCAGCAAGUGUAUUUGUUCGCAUCAUUCCGGUUCUAUUGGCGGAUCUAUUUGGAUGUUACAACAUUGCCGUUAUUGCUGCGAUUUCCUCCGGCUUAGUCUGUACUUGCAUGACAAAAGCUACUUCUGUAGCUGGAAUCACUAUAUUUUCUCUUGCUUAUGGAUUUACUUCAGGGGCAAUUAUCAGUCUUCAAGGAGUUUGUGCAGCAAAGCUGGUACCGCCAACGCAAUUUGGAAUUGCCAUGGGCUCCGUCAUGACGUUUCUCUCAAUCGCCAGCGGGCUUGUGGGCUCACCUAUAAAUGGGAAGAUUCUCGAUGUUUGGGGUUACCUUGGAAUGUCGCUGUUUUCCGGAAUGACGAUGCUUUUGGGAGGAUUGGUACUUCUAGCCGCACGACUACAGCUCAACCGCCAUUUACUGGCGAAGGCUUAGGUUUGGAGAUAUAAUUCCAUGCAUAAUCUCUAUCUUUGAAAAUGUCCGAUAUCUGGAUCAGGCAAUAAAAUAUGAUUCUUCGAUGUUUGAAUGGAUUGU